AUGGUGCAAAAAGCCGUCAUCGGCGCUGCACUGGCUCAGGCCGCAAGCGCAGCUCUUUACGAUACUACAAUUCAGACAAAAUAUGGACUGAUUCAGGGCUACCCGGCCUUCAAUAGCUCUCCGGCGAAUAUGUCUCUUGAUAAUUGGGCAGAUAUCACCGUCUGGAAGGGCAUCCCCUUUGCUGCCUCUACCGCAGGCAGCAAUCGCUUCAAGGCUCCUCAACCCAUCGUCGCAUGGAACUCAACUCUCGACGCCAAGUCAUUCGGCAGUAUCUGCCCUUCUGCCGUGGGCAGUGGAACAGAUGCCUACACCGUUGGCGAAGAUUGCUUGAACCUCAACGUAUGGAGCGCAGCAAACUCGACUGAUGCCAAGUUGCCUGUUGUCAUGUGGAGCUAUCCGGCUGGUUCGACUGCAGCGAUGCCGCUUUUCGACGGAGCAGGCAUCGCCGCCAAGGGCGUUGUGUACGUCAACUACAACUACCGCACCGGGUCUUUCGGAUGGCUUGCAACGCCUGAGCUUAACCAGGAAAGACUUAGCACCGCUGGGUCGAACAGCUCCGGCAACUAUGGCAUGUUGGACCAGUUCGCCGCUUUGAAGUGGAUUCAUGAGAACAUUGCCAGCUUCGGUGGUGAUCCGGACCACAUCACAGUCAUGGGUCAGUCCGCCGGCUCGGCGGCUACUUACCAUAUGCUUAACGGCCCUCUACACGGCGUUCCUCUCCAUGGUGCCAUCAUCCAGUCUGGUGUCCGCGACCCCCACGACCCCCUGUGCACUAGCUUGGCAGAAAACUACCGGAGUCUGGACGUGAACAUGGAGACGGCGAGCAGAUACAUGGCCUCGAUGAACUGCUCUGAUAUCGCAUGCAUGCGCGCUCUUCCGAUGGAAGAUCUUGUCACCGAAUUCCUCAACUCCGAAUUCGAUUUCACGGCCACACUCGACUACUACGCCAUGCCAGACACUUACAUCAAUACUCUGGACAAGGGAAUCGCCCAGGAUGUCCCUGUCAUGACGGGCAACACGAAAGACGAGAGCGGGGCGGAAUACGGCCUCAACAUCACUCUGGCGACAUACAUCUCUGACUUGAACGAGACAUUCAGCACUUGGCAGGACAAGUUCCUCGCCGCAUACCCUGCCAACGACUCGGCCACCGCUUCGGCAGCUGAGAACUCCCAAUGGACUGACCGCUCAAAAGUAGGAACAUUCUUUUGGUCGCAGUUGUGGCAAGCCAAUGCUACGUCGUCGGUCUACAACUACAUCUGGGAUCACGCCCCACCUGGGCAGACUCGGGGCGCGUUCCACAUGAGCGAGAUCAAUUACGUUCACAACAAUCUUUACGGAACCGACUCACCAUGGACUAGCGAGGACUACGAGAUUGCCAAGAUCAUGAACAGUUACUGGGUCAAUUUAAUUAAGACUGGCGAUCCGAAUGGAGAUGGCUUGAACCAGUGGACUCCUGCGAGCAAUGCCAGUGCGACAGUAAUGGAGCUUGGUGAUGGUUUCCAAGCCCUCCCUAUCGCCAAGGACGACCAGAUUGAGUUAUUUGCUCAAUGGUUCGAUACCUUGGUUACCUACUAG